GGUAGGAUAUCUGAUGGACCUAUUGCUAAGUUUACAGGAUUACCUGUUAACUCAUUAUUAACGCAAAAUUUGCAAGUACCUGAAAAUUGGCUUGUGGAAUCUGUGCGUUCUGUCUAUGAUUUGGACAACAUAAAACUAAAUGAAAUUGGUGGUCCUGUUCAUAGUGAAUUUGAGUUGGAAUAUCUUUUGUUAGAAGGCCACUGCUUUGAUGCUAUCAGUGGUGCGCCACCACGAGGACUACAAAUUGUUCUUGGUACAAAAAAUAGUCCAGGCGUGGUUGACACCAUCGUCAUGGCAAAUCUGGGUUAUUUUCAAUUAAAAGCUAAUCCAGGCAUUUGGGAACUUCGGCUACGAGACGGUAAAUCUGCUGACAUAUAUGAUAUUACACAUGCAGAAGGACUAAAUACAUUGUAUAGCAACCAAUCUAUUAAAAUUGUUAUAAGUUCGUUACGUUCCCACGUAAUUAAAAUUCGUGUUGCUAAAAAAACAGGUAAGCAAAGUAUGGAUUUGCUUGGUGAUGAGGAUGAUCAAUAUCAAACAGGAAUAUGGAAUUCUAUAGCAAAUUCAUUCGGAGGUUCAGUUACCAAUGUACCUGAAGAUGAAACAAUCAAUAUCUUCUCGGUUGCUUCAGGACAUUUAUAUGAACGACUUCUGCGUAUUAUGAUGAUUUCUCUACUAAAACACACGAAAUCACCCGUUAAAUUUUGGUUUUUAAAAAAUUACCUAUCCCCUCAAUUUACUGAUUUUUUACCACACAUGGCGAAAGAAUAUGGAUUCCAUUACGAAUUGGUUCAAUAUAAAUGGCCUCGUUGGUUACAUCAGCAGACCGAGAAGCAGAGAACUAUAUGGGGUUAUAAGAUUUUAUUCUUAGACGUAUUAUUUCCACUUAAUGUACGCAAAAUUAUAUUUGUUGAUGCCGACGCAAUUGUACGAGCAGAUAUAAAAGAAUUAUUUGACAUGGAUUUAGGUGGAGCACCAUAUGCAUACACACCAUUUUGUGAUUCUCGUAAAGAAAUGGAAGGUUUCAGAUUCUGGAAACAAGGUUAUUGGCGAAGUCAUCUAAUGGGAAGGAAAUACCAUAUUUCAGCACUUUAUGUUGUUGAUCUGAAACGCUUUCGGAGGAUAGCUGCUGGUGAUCGACUACGUGGACAGUACCAAGCCUUGAGUCAAGAUCCCAAUAGUUUGUCAAAUCUGGAUCAAGAUUUGCCAAAUAAUAUGAUCCAUCAAGUUGCUAUCAAAUCACUUUCAAAUGACUGGCUUUGGUGUCAAACCUGGUGUAGUGAUAGCUCCUUAAAAAAUGCAAAAGUAAUCGAUCUUUGCAAUAAUCCACAAACAAAAGAAGCUAAACUUACUGCUGCCCAACGCAUAGUUCCUGAGUGGAAGACGUACGAUACUGAAAUUAAAAAGCUUAUGGCUCAAGUAGAAGAUCACGAGAAUAUAGCUGAACAUGAAAAUUAUAUGCAAGGUGAAAAAUCUCGCAUUUCAACUUCAGGUGAUGGUAGUGAAUCAGGUUCCAUUAAACAUUCUGAAUUGUGAUGAUUAAAAAAUAUCCAAAAAUC